GCCUGGGCCGGGCCUCGUUGCCCCUCGCUGCGUCGUCACUACCAGUCCACCGCCAACGGUCAUUCCCCAUCCCACCCGCUCACGAACCACAAGAAAACACCUGCGACACAUCCCUCUAGACCACGACCGCGCAUUAACUCCCUCGCCGAAUUAAGGUGCCGUACAAAGAAGAGCGAAGCAGGCAGAAGGACCGAACGGAAGCCGACGCAAACAACCCUCCAAAAUGAACCGCCUCUUCGGCUCGUCGGGGCCCAAGGCGCCCAAGGCGACGCUCACCUCAGCCAUCGGCAACAUCGACACGCGCAUCUCGUCCAUCGACGUCAAGCUGGCGGCGCUGAACGCAGAGCUGACAGGUUACCAGACCAAGCUCACCAAGAUGCGCGAGGGGCCGGGCAAGGCCGCCCUGAAACAGAAAGCGCUCAAAGUGCUGCAGCGGCGCAAGCAGUACGAAGCGCAGCGGGACCAGCUCCAGUCGCAGGUCUGGAACAUGGAGCAGGCGCAAACAAUGCAGGACAACCUCAAGAACACGAUGGUGACGAUCGACGCGCUGCAGAGCACGAACAAGGCGCUGCGCAAGGAGUACGGCAAGGUGGACGUGGACCGGAUCGAGCGGCUGCAGGACGAGAUGGCGGACCUGCUGGACGUGGGCAACGAGAUCCAGGAGUCGCUGGCGCGCAGCUACGACAUUCCCGAGGACGUCGACGAGGCCGAGCUCGACGCCGAGCUCGAGGCCCUCGGCCAGGAGGUCGAGCUCGACCGCGAGCUCGCCGGCAUGGAGGGCGGCUCUGCUCUGCCCAGCUUCAUGCAGGACGAGGUGCCCGACUUCAUCGACGAGCCGCCCUCGACUACUGGCAAGGUCAAGGAGGUGGCCGGAUAAAAGACCCCCAGAUGUGGAAAACAGGCACUGGCUGAGCGCCGUCUGGAGGCCUUGGCUUUUCUCGCAUUGGCGCUGGCGUUGGCAUCAAAGCAUUUCUUCUUUUGUCUUGCUGGGCUCUAAAGAAUUGCACCGC